AUGGUUGUUGAUACUGAGUAUUACGAUUUGUUAGGUGUAUCUACCACUGCGUCUGCCAUCGAAAUAAAAAAGGCAUACAGAAAGAAAUCUAUUCAAGAGCAUCCUGAUAAGAACCCCAAUGAUCCCAAGGCUACCGAAAGGUUUCAGGCCAUAUCCGAAGCGUAUCAAGUUUUAGGUGACGAUGAGCUUCGCGCAAAGUACGAUAAAUAUGGAAGAAAAGAAGCUAUACCUCAAGGCGGGUUUGAAGAUGCAGCCGAACAGUUUUCUGUCAUCUUUGGUGGAGAUGCAUUUGCUUCAUAUAUUGGCGAACUGAUGUUAUUGAAGAAUCUACAGAAAACUGAGGAGCUAAAUGCUGAAGACGAAGCUGAAAAAGAGAAGGAAAAUGUGGAGACAAUGGAAGAAUCUUCUGUAGAUAUUAAGACGGAUGGCACCACUCACGCUCCUGCAGGGGCAGCGACCGCUACCAAUCAAGGGGACGACAAGAAUAUGGCAAAGACGAGUACUAGUAAUUUAACUGUACACGAUGGCAACAAAAAAGAUGAGCAGGCAGGAGCUGAGACAAAGAAAAAGAAGACAAAAUUAGAGCAGUUUGAGGAAGAACAAGAAGUGGAAAAGCAAAAGAGGAUAGAUCAACUGAGCAAAACAUUGAUUGAAAGAUUAUCGAUAUUAACAGAAAGUGUCUACGAUGAUGCAUGUAAAGAUUCUUUCAAAAGAAAGUUCGAAGAAGAGGCCAAUCUUUUAAAAAUGGAAUCAUUUGGACUGGACAUUUUACACACAAUAGGUGACGUUUACUACGCAAAAGCUGAGAUUUUUCUUGCAUCCCAGAACCUAUUCGGAAUGGGUGGUAUAUUUCACUCUAUGAAAGCAAAAGGGGGGGUAUUUAUGGAUACAUUAAGAACUGUUUCUGCAGCCAUAGACGCUCAGAACACUAUGAAGGAGCUUGAAAAGAUGAAAGAAGCCAGCACGAAUAAUGAACCUUUGUUUGACAAAGACGGAAAUGAGCAAGUUAAGCCAACUACUGAAGAAUUGGCGCAACAAGAGCAAUUGUUAAUGGGUAAGGUAUUAUCGGCCGCUUGGCAUGGCUCUAAAUAUGAAAUAACGUCCACUUUACGUGGCGUCUGUAACAAAGUAUUAGAAGAUGACUCGGUAAGUAAGAAAGCGCUUAUCAGAAGAGCCGAAGCAAUGGAACUACUAGGCGAAGUCUUUAAGAAAACUUUCAGAACAAAAGUCGAACAGGAGGAGGCACAGAUCUUCGAAGAACUUGUCGCAGAAGCUACCAAAAAGAAAAGACAUACAUGA